AUGCAGUAUUAUGAAAAGGCUGCUUUGGUCAAUUAUUGGUUAAACCAUGAUCGCAGCACCUGCCUAACGAUAACAGGGAACGAGUGGAUGUACGUACUCGAUGAAGUAGGCGUAUCCAUCAACGGCAUCGGGAGCGUUACUCGGCGAAACAUCUGCCAUUGGUUUGUACGAAAGUAUAAAAGAGCAAUUCAGUCCGGGCCCUAUUACAACUGUACAUACCAAAUUGAAGUUGCAUACCGAAAGGCAGCGAUUCUAAGCUUGGACCUGAAAGAACGGCUCGCUGGGGUACCAUUAAAUCUAAUGAAUCAUGCUGAAACUGCUUGGCGCACUGAAUUUUUGUUUAACUGGGACCAAGAUGGGUGCAUCAGUUAUGAUCCUGAAGCAAUAAAUACUCUAUUUCAAAGAGAUAUGUACUUGUCCGGCCCACUUAAAGAAAAUCUCUGCGAAAAGGUUUACGAAUACUACGGAACGGACUAUACGGAAAUGUUUUCUACAUGCAAUCUACAAACUAACUACAUGACACAACCUGUUUCGGCCAAGUAUAACUUAUACGUAAUAAAAUCCAUCAACCCGGUUUAUUUAAUUGACUAUCCAAGUUACGUUGACUCGCACAGCAAUAUGGUAUACGCAUUUAAUGCAAUGGAAUACAAAUGCAAAUAUAACGGCUUUGUAACAAAAACAUAA